CACACACACGCGCACACACACACGCGCGUGCGUGCGUGGAACACCAAACGACCGCCGCCAUGGACAUCGAAAAGAUGGAGAGCAAGUUCCGGCUGAUGCUCAACCUUCUCAAGAACAUCACGGGCAACGACAAGGAGCGCAUGAGUCACUAUCUGAGCGAGUUCGUCGAAAAGCAAGGCAUGAGUACAUUCGACGUCGUCACCCAGAACAUUCUCAUCUCGAUGUUCUGCGUCCUCAUCUCGAUCGGCUCCUUCGGUAACAGCCUCGUCUGCAUCGCCGUCAUCCGCAAACCGCAGAUGCGAACGGCGCGCAACGUGUUCAUCGUCAAUCUGGCGCUGAGCGACUUGACUCUGUGUCUGUUCACCAUGCCCUUCACGCUAGCCGGCGUCAUACGCAAGGACUGGAACUUCGGGAUGUUUAUGUGUAAGCUCGUGCGCGCGUUUCAGGCGACGAAUGUGUUCGUGUCCACGAUGAGCAUCACAGCGAUCGCGCUCGAUCGCUACCAGGUGAUCAUCUAUCCGACGAAAGAGAACAUGCAGAAAGUCGGCUCCGUGCUGAUUCUCGGCGGCAUCUGGCUCGUCGCGUUUCUCAUGGCAACGCCGAUGUUCAUCUACCACGACGCCAUCGACCUGAUACCACCCGACUACGGCAUCACGCUGAAGGUCUGCGCCGAGGUGUGGCCGAUCGCCAUCGGAGGGUUCAUCUACACGGUGAUGACGAUGCUGUUCCAGUACGUGCUGCCUAUCGUCAUCGUCAGCGCCGCCUACGCGCGCAUCUGCCGUAAGCUCGAGUACCGCAUGGUGUCGCACGCUAGCGCGACGAAGGACCAGCGUCGACGACAGCAGGACGAGCGACGCAAGCGCAAGACGAAUCAACUUCUGAUCGCCAUCGCUGUCGUGUUCGUCAUCUCGUGGUUGCCCAUCAACAUCUUCAAUCUGUAUAUGUUCUACAUGGGCUCACAUUCGAAGAUCACCUCAGAGCAGGAGUACAUCAUCUUCGCCGUCUGCUACAUGAUGGCAAUGUCGUCCGCCUGCUCGAACCCGCUGCUCUACGGCUGGCUGAACGACAACUUUCGAAAGGAGUUCAACGACUUGCUCUGCCAGAAUCGCUGCAUAGGCGCCAUCAAACGCUUCACUGCGCGUCCGGAGAGAAACUCUGUUCCCAUGGUGAUUUACACGAAGACGCAGCAGAGCGAGGUGGAACGCAAGAACAGUCAGAAUAACGUGCACGUGCCCGAAGCCAGUGCCGCCACUCAGGUCGAACACAUGGCGCUGUCGGUCGGACCCUAGCGGAAGUGCCACGUGCACGCGCGUACGAUGGGUGUGUUGGGGAGCCGAAACUGGCUACGGCGUUCUACCGUGAUCUAUUUGUGAGUGCUAUAAUAAGUAUAUAAUAUAUAACGAGAAGAAGGAGAAGAAGAAGAAGAAGAAGAGGAGGAGAAAAAAAAGAAAACACACUUCCGAAUCUCUAGUUAACCAAUGCGCGAAGGUGGCGACCUCUAUCGGUCGCAACAACAACUGCUCGACGCGUGUGUUUAUCGAUCGGGUGGUCGCGACUGGUUGCAGCACUAGCGCCCCCUGUCCACCGACGACGGCAGGGGUUCUGUGUAAACAACAACUGCCGUCGUCGUUGUUCCCUCGUUUCUUUGAUGUUAUAGUUGCGUAAAUAAGCGCGCGUAAUGUAUACACGUGUACGUACGUAGAACUCUUCGGGGCGCAUCAGGUUGCGUGGUCGUCGUGUGUUUGAUUAGAUUAAGUCGUGGGUGCACCACUCGGAAUCGGAGCCACUAGCUAGCUAUCUAAUAAAGGUUUAUAAUCAUAAUUACGUAUUUUCUUAUGGCGCGAUAUAGAAAGAGCGGCCAGGCGUUUCGUCACGCACACGCGCGUUUUUAAGGAGGAAAGACUUAGUUAUUUGUUUCCUCUAAAUAUUUGUUUCAUCUAAAUAUUUGUUUCAUCUAAUUAUUUGUUUCAUCUCGGAGUGUGUCGCGAUCAAUUAUUGUAAUGAUGGUUCUUGUUAUGGGACUUUUUUGUUGUUUUUCCGGCGACAGGCCGUGCUUUGUGCGAUCCGACGUUUGUUGUAUUAUUCUCGAUGCGCAAAAUUGUUUUGUUUGUGCACUUGUAGAAAUAAUCGUAUAAAUGUAGAUUUUGCACACAGCUGCACACUCCACACGCACGCAGAUCUAUACCUACCGCGAGCCAGUCUCACUAGACAGCAACGCAGUGUGUAGUGCAGUAGAGCUUGAAUCCGAAGAGCUGGCAGUACGAUGCCCAUAUAUCACACAGCAUCUCCGCAUCGCUGUGAGAAGUAUCGCUAAUCAUGAGGGAAACGUAUAUGUCGUAUGCCAUCGUAGUUACCAUAACGCACUCGGCAGAAACAUUAAAUCAACCAUUAGCAUAUACACUUCAUUAAAUCGAGCACGCACGCACGCACGCACGCACGCACGCACGCACGCACGCACGCACGCGCCGCUGCCUGAUUAAGACAUAUUUAGGUCACGCUGAUAGUUUUGCUGUCUUACGCAUUCGUGUUAAGUGCCAGCACUCAACGUAAGUGAUGUUGCAAUUUCGUUAUCGUCAGCUCGCGCGUGGGCGCGUGUAGCCCGUGUGUUUCACUAGAGAGACAAUUCUCUCCUCCGUCACCUUAAUUCCGUCUCACGCUAGAAUCGAAACGCCUGGCUGCGCGCCGUUUCAGUUGUUCAUUCGUUUUGAUAACUUCAUCGUUUGUGUCAAUUAUCGUAAUGCUGCGACAUCGUGUGACUAUAUCGACAUCCAUCUUAGACUGUCGCGUGUGGGCGCGCCAUUCGACUUUGCGCAUUUUCAGCACUCAACCCUAAGGGCAUCGUAAGAAAUAGCUGAAUCGUGUGUGUGUGUAGCGCUUUACGUUACAGUACAUGUGUAGCGCAUCACGUCACAGUAUGCGUGUUGUGCAUUACGUCACAGAACGUGUGUAGCGCAUUACGUCACAGUACGCGUGUAGCGCAUUACGUCACAGUGUGCGUGUAGUGCAUUACGUCACAGAACGCGUGUAGUGUAUUACGUCACAGUACGCGUGUAGCGCAUUACGUCACAGUAUGCGUGUAGUGCAUUACGUCACAGAACGCGUGUAGUGUAUUACGUCACAGUACGCGUGUAGCGCAUUACGUCACAGUACGUGUGUAGUGCAUUACGCCACAGUACGUGUGUAGUGAAUUACGUCACAGUACGCGUGUAGUGCAUUACGUCACAACAGUACGCGUGUAACGCAUUACGUCACAGUACGCGUGUAGUGAAUUACGUCUCAGUACGCGUGUAGUGCAUUACGUCACAGUACGUGUGUAGUGCAUUACGCCACAGUACGUGUGUAGCGCAUUACGUCACAGUACGUGUGUAGUGCAUUACGUAACAGUACGCGUGUAGUGAAUUACGUCACAGUACGCGUGUAGUGCAUUACGUCACAGUACGCGUGUAGUGCAUUACGUAACAGUACGCGUGUAGUGCAUUACGU